AUGGAUCGAGUGGUUGGACCGUGGACUGCUGGGACAUCUUAUGGCCCGAUCCUGUCGCAGACGGACCUCUACCUGUUGAAUACGGAUCUACAGUUGAACCCCAUUCUUGAGGGUAAACUCGACAACCAGCCCCUCCAAUUCCAUCUCGUCACAGGCUUCACGACGUCAGGUUCACGAGAGCUGGCUGGCAAAGAUGAACCAGCAACACUGCCUCGCGUCACGCAACUCAUCGUCAUCUCUCGCCUGUCACCGUGGUGCACAAUCAUCAAGAAAGACACUGGUGUAACGAUUGGGGACGUGUGUUCCGCGAUCUACAAAGACUAUACCGAUCAUGAUAUCACCGAUGCCGAGUUCCAGACACUGAAUGCCAGGUUGCAGGAGCAGGUGAAGCGAACGGCCGCGGCGAACUUUACGCAACUGCAAGGUCCUCAGGCAGGAGGUGCUUGGGGGUAUUACCCUCCUGCUGCAGCACCCGAUCGCCUACGACGUGUCGACUGGCUACGAGAACGUGUGUACUUCGAAGGGCUGAGCAAGGACGACAAAUACGUGACUUCAAGACUUGGGUUUAGGGCACCGAAUAUCUUUGUUAUGGACUUGGUUUCAUGA